CUUUUUCUUCCCGUCGACGAGGAGGAGAGGCGAAAGGGGGGUUUUGGAUCUCGAUUCCUUCCCAAGUGGAAGAGAUAGCAGCGAGAGAUGGAUCAGAUACUGAACAAGGUCGGGUCGUAUUGGAUUAACAAGAGAGCCAACAAGGAGAUUUCCUCCGUCGGUGACGACCUCAACUCACUCUCUAGCAGCAUUGAAGGGGGAGCAAAAUGGUUGGUCAAUAAGUUAAAAGGAAAGAUGCAGAAAUCAUUGCCUGAACUGCUGAGGGAAUACGACAUGCCAAUAGGCCUCUUUCCACAAGAUGCCACUCACUACGAAUUUAACGAAGAGACGGGGAAGCUUACUGUUUUCAUACCCUCCAUAUGCGAGGUGGGUUACAGGGAUUCCUCGGUCUUGCGAUUUUUAAACAUCGUGACUGGGUAUCUGGAGAAAGGAAAGCUAGUUGACAUAGAAGGAAUCAAGACCAAAGUGCUGAUUUGGUCGAAAGUAACUCGCAUCUCCACGGAAGGAUCCAAAAUACAUUUCACCACUGGAGUGAAGAAAACCCGGAGUCGUGAUGCAUAUCAGGUGCUCAGAGCUGGUAUCACUGUGGAUAAAUUUUAGGCUGCUUUGAGAUGGUAAAUUACUGUGUGUGGAAGCUGCUAAUGUCAGCUAAGAUGUCAUCAUUUACAUGAUGUUAUCCUGUUAAUCUCUAAACCCUGCACUUCAAGAUGCUUCUCUAUUGUUUUCUUUUUCUUAGUAUGUCAAUGUGCUUGUAAUUAAAGGCACCAUUUCUUAUCAGCUUUAUGCAGCUUACAAACUGUUCCCAUGUUGCA